GAAUUUGAAACCCUGCCUAGGCAGAAUCGGUUCGGUAAGCAUGCAAGACACAUGCAAGAACUAAGCUCAUUUAUUUCUGUUAUAAGCCUCGAAUCUGUUCCGCGAAGAUCCGUGUUGUUUCAAAGCUAUGUAUUGAGUACCACUGAACGCAGUGAGUUUAGAGAUCCGCCCAACACGAAUUCUGAUCUAACAGAACUUUAAAACGGCUACUGUUCGGUAAAACAUCAAAUCCAGUCAAACGUCGCAGGAACUGGCCACCCUGAAGUUGGGAACGGUAAAAUGUCGAACACCAGGAGAUUCUUUCAGGGUCUGAACUUCGCGAUAUUUAUCUUAUGUUAUUCAAUGGCUACCUAUGGGAAACCCGUGGAUGACAUCUCCAAUAUAAAGAAGAGGUCUGUCUCGGAGCACCAGUUCAUGCAUGAUAAGAGCAGGUCUAUCCAGGAACUGCAGAGGCGGAUCUGGCUGAACAAUGUAAUGGGAGAACUGCAUACAGCAGAGGGCCGUGGACUGACCCAGCCACAGCCGCCGAGCAGUCCCAAACACCCGGCGACGUGGCCGGACUCGCCGGACCUAGCAGCGCUUCUUAUCAAGCUGGCGUCCAACAACGAGGGUACCAAGACCCCGGCGGAGCAGUUGCAAGAGACCAAGCCCGGUGCUUUAAAAUACCAAAACGCAAAGAAGACUGGCAAGAAGAAGAAGCAAGGCAAAAAUAACAGGCGCAAAGCACAGAAAGGUCGUCAGGAGAAGAGCAGGAGGCACGCACGCUCCGCCGGUUCGGAAGUCAGGGAUCCCGGCAUCGGACUCGGUUCCAACCCGCUCCUGAAUGCCGUCUACGGACGGCUUUGGCAUUGAGGGUCCAAUCUGUAAAAUACAUUAUUAGGUAACUACUCAGUACUCUCCCAGUCCACCCUCUCACGCUUGCUUUAAAGUUUAAAGACUGCAGGCAACGCCCGAGUUCGGCAUCUGCUGUGAUGUGCUGUGAACGUGAACAGAAAGGGAUCUCCGAUUAAUAAGCGUCCAGAUACAAGAAGCAUUAGGCCGGCUGCACUCGAGCGCUUGGAAGCGCAUACACCCGUUCAGUUGCAUCUUAAUGUUAGCAGAGAAUAGGCGCGUAGCACCAAUCAGUUCACGUGGAUUGAGGAGACAUCACAGGCGUUGUGCGGUACCAUAGUGAAUGGUCAGCAGCCAAGUGACGCUUUUCUCAUUGUUGCAUGCCCCAAAUCGUAGUCUAUGAACGCAACUGACAGCACAACCGCUGUCAUAUUUUCUUUCCUUAGUUUAGAAGUUAAUAGACAAAAGCACUUUAUAAGUGUAAAUGUGCCAAUAAUCUGUAGCCAGAUAAUAGCUGAAGGUAUCCAAAACAAUCUUAUACAAACAUAAUCCCUCCUAAAAAGCCCCAUGUUUUCAGUAAUGAUUCUAAUUUUGUGGCAUGAUUUGACUGCACACCGAGGUAGGUCAGGACCUAACCCCAGUGAUGGUAAACUCCUUCAGAGAUCAAUGGUGGUGAGAGCUUCCGUGUGUAUAUUGGAGGUUUAAAAUAUGUUCUAACCCCUUGGAUCUCUUUUUUUUAAGUGAGAGCACAACGUGAGUAAAUGAGAACGUUUAAUCAGUCCCCCCUGACCACCACCCCCAUCAAAAACAAA